AUGGGAGUGGCCUACAGUGUUGGAGAGGUGGACCACCUCUACACUUUCUUCUCACAGUGGUCUCCAGAUAUCUCCACUAAAUGCAAUAAGACAAACAAGAAGGCCCGAGCUCCAGCCUACAUUAUUCGUGAGAAGAAUCAUAGCCGUUAUCUGGUGUUGGCACAGGAUAAAGCUGCUCUGAUCGACAAGUUACUGAGGGACGCUGCGAAUCCAGCAGCCAAGAACUGGGAGAUCAUCACGGUGAACAAGCCCAAGCGAAAACUCAGUCUGAGCAGCUUUGAGGAAUCAGACGAGCCAGCGUACCAGGAUGAUGUGGAAGACACUCUGCCUGUUCUGAGUGAACAGAGUCUGCUGCUGGACCAUCUGCACCUGGAAAAGGUCUCAGCUCAUUUACCCGUCAGAACGCAGGGCUACCCGUGGCAGUUGGCUUACAGCACCGCGGUUCACGGCAGCAGCCUGAAGACUCUCUACAGGAACAUGGCAGGUCUGGACAGCCCCGUUCUGCUCGUAAUUAGAGACAUGCACAAAAAGGUAUUUGGUGCCUUCAGCUCGGACCCGUUCAGAAUUAGCCACGGCUGCUAUGGAACUGGAGAGACUUUUCUGUUCAGUUUUAACCCAGACUUCCAGUUGUACAAGUGGACUGGGGAAAAUUACUACUUUGUCAGCGGCAAUUUGGAGUCUUUGCAGAUUGGUGGAGGAGGAGGAUGUUUUGGCCUGUGGUUGGACGCUGAUCUGUAUCAUGGUUCGAGCUUCUCUUGUCCUACUUUCCACAACGCUCCUCUCUCCACACAUGAAGACUUCAUCGUGCAGGAUCUGGAGGUUUGGACUCUUCACAGCUGA